GCCUUUGAUUCUUUUGCUUAUCAUGCUUCGCGAGCCGAGUCCGUCGGUGGGUACCGGACCCUAGAGUCAAGUCGCCAUCCAUGGCCGUUUCAGACCUCUAUAAAGAAUUUACUCCCCCUCGUACCGACGACCUGUUCGUCUGCAGGAUCACCACGUCGGCUCUUCGCCAUUGAGAAAAACCCUCCCCGACGGCAAGGGAGUUGCUACUGAGCUCUACACGACUUGUCGAAUCUUGUAUACCUCCUUCAAGAUGGGUGUUGUACAGACUGUCAACUCCGCUGUUGCAAACAGCGUGGUGGGACGAUACUUCCGCCUCGAGGGGUCUGGUCAUCCCAAAGCCAGACCUGGCUCGCUCUUCCUCACCGAGAUCCGUGCCGGUAUCACAAUCUUCUGCGCCAUGGCCUACAUCAUAUCCGUGAACGCGAACAUCGUGAGCCAGUCUGGCGGCACUUGCGUGUGUCCUGCCGACUCGCCGGAUCUGUGUGAUUCGGAUGUCGAGUAUAUGAUUUGUGUGCAGGAGGUCAAUCGAGAUCUCGUUACUGCGACGGCGGCGAUUUCUGCUCUCACGUCUUUCAUGAUGGGUCUGCUCGCCAACAUGCCCAUCGCUCUCGCACCCGGUAUGGGUCUCAACGCCUACUUCGCCUUCACCGUCGUCGGUUACCACGGAUCCGGUUCCGUCCCGUACGCCGUCGCCCUCACAGCCGUCUUUGUCGAGGGGUGGGUCUUCGUCGGCCUCACACUGCUGGGUAUCCGCCAAUGGCUCGCCCGCGCACUUCCUCAAAGCAUAAAACUUGCUACAGGCGUUGGAAUUGGUCUGUAUCUCACGAUAAUCGGUCUGACAUACUCGUCUGGUAUUGGUCUCAUCACAGGUGCUGCGUCCACGCCCCUCGAGCUCGCCGGUUGCACGCCCGACGUCCUCGCUAUCACAGAAAACGCAGGUGUCUGCCCGGGCGGCACAAAGAUGCGUAAUCCUACAAUGUGGAUUGGUAUAUUCUGUGGCGGCUUCCUGACUGCACUGCUCAUGAUGUACCGCGUCAAGGGCGCCAUUAUCGCUGGAAUUCUCCUCGUCAGCAUCAUCUCCUGGCCACGCAGCACGCCUGUGACGUAUUUCCCGCAUACCCCCGCCGGUGACUCGGCCUUCGACUUCUUCAAGCAGGUUGUCGCUUUCCAUCCGAUCAAACGCGUCCUGGCCGUACAAGAAUGGAAUAUUUCUGGUUAUGGUGGGCAGUUCGGGCUCGCAUUCCUGACUUUCCUAUAUGUUGACAUUCUUGAUUGUACCGGUACAUUAUACUCGAUGGCGCGCUUCUGUGGUGCCAUCGACGAACGUACACAGGAUUUUGAAGGUUCGGCCAUGGCAUACACCGUCGAUGCUGUUGGUAUCUCUAUCGGCUCGCUCUUCGGAUGCCCGCCUGUGACCGCCUACAUCGAGUCGGGUGCAGGUAUUUCCGAGGGUGGCAAGACCGGAAUAACGGCCAUGUUUACAGGUAUAUGUUUCUUUAUCGCCAUCUUCUUCGCACCGAUUUUCGCAUCUAUUCCACCGUGGGCUACAGGCUGUACGCUGAUCCUGGUCGGCUCCAUGAUGGCGAGUGCGGCGGCGCAGGUCAACUGGAAGUAUCCUGGAGACGCCAUUCCGGCAUUCUUGACCAUUGCCAUCAUGCCAUUUACGUAUUCCAUCGCGUACGGCCUCAUUGCGGGCAUUUGCAGCUACAUUGUGCUGAAUGGCGGUGCAAAGCUUAUUGCGUUUGCGAGCGCGGGCAAGGUCGUGCCACCGGGCAUCGAGGAGAGUGAUCCUUGGACGUACAAGGUUGAGGGUGGCUUUCUGCCGCCGUGGAUCGGGCGGGCGGCGCGUGGGAAGAAGGACUUCUGGCGUGCGGAUCCAGAGGUUGAGGGGAGGAGUGAGGGGGAAAGUGAGGUCGGUGUUGAGCGUUCGAAGGAGGUGGUCGAAUCGGACGAGAAGGCUACGUUCCAUUAGAUUUCCGCCGUCUUGUGCAUUUAUGCAUUGCGCCGCAGGCAUGCAGCCUCAGGGUCUGCACAACCGCGUUUGUACACAAUAUAUAUACAUUAUAUUCACACAAAAGGUCGGCUCUUUCUAGUGCUUUUUUGUUCAAUGAUGCCUGUGAUGAUUAUGUCAAGUUUUACAAUGUUCAAAAUGACGUCAAAGGUUCUGCACCACAGAUGUGUGCAUUGUCCUUCUGUGGCGCCAAUCAAGCAAUCCGA